AUGAAAGAAAAAUAUAAAAAUUACCGAAGUGAAUCUAUUUUUUUGAGAGAUGGAAAUUUGUUUGGGAUACAUGAUACCAUAAAUGAUGAAAAGGAGGCUGAAAAAUGUGCAUUUUUUUUUAACAGUAAUAAAAAUAUAUUUACAAAUUUGUUUACAAAUUAUAAUGAUAAUACUAGUAUGAUUGAUUUAUUUAAUAGAGGCAUAAAAAAUGAUAAUAGUAUGCUAAAUUUGAACAAGUUAAAAGAAUAUAAAAAUAAAAAAAAUACACCAAAUAAUAAUAUAGAAGAUAAUUUAAACUCAUUAAAAAAUGAUGAAGCGUUUGUAAAAAAAGAAUGGAUAAAUAAUUUUUGUUGGGCUUGCUCUUUAAAUUUGUUAGAUGAAAUUUUAGAAAAGGAAAUAUAUAAAGAAAAAAAAAUUGGGUAUGUAUAUGAUUUAAUUAAUGAUGAAAAAUCUUAUUUCGAUACGAGUACUUUUAUUAGUGUCCCAUAUGAAUUUGCACGAUUUAUGUUAUCACAAUCGGAAAGUAAUGUAUUACAGAAUAUUAAAAUAAAUAAUACAAUAAAAGAAGAAAAAUAUUUAUUUAAAAAGUUUUGUAAAAAUCGUAAAAAUAACAAUAAAAAUAAUAUAAAUAAAUACAAAGCAUGCGAUGAUAUAUCAAGCUCAGAUUUGUCAAGCAUAGGAUAUAGCAGCAAUACAGACAAAAGUAACAAAGACAUAAAUGAUGACAACAUGUGUAACUAUUAUGGUAAUUAUUUACAUAUCAGGGAAAAACUAUUUAACUAUCAUAAUUCUAAUUCUAAUAAUAAUAAUAAUAAAAAAUAUUUAUAUAAUGAUGAUGAUUUAUUUUACAAUAAACAAAAUUUAAGCAACUUUAAAAAAUCUUGUGAUGAAAAUUUGCUGAAUAAAGAGCGAAAAAUGAGCCUAAUAUAUAAUACAACGAAAAAUAAAAAGUUAUAUAAUAAAAAUAGACAAAAAAAAGAAAAACACAAUAUUUUAUAUGAUAAAAUGAGCAAUAGUAAUGACAAUAAAUAUGACUAUAGACAAAUUUAUAAACGUACAAAUCGGGAUAAUGAAAAUAUGUGCGAAUAUAAAAAUUGUACAAAAUCGAUAUUAUUAUCACAUAAUAGUAAUGGCAAAUCCGACAUGUUAAAAAUGGAUAACAAAAAAAUGCAUAAAAAUAAAAACUUUAAUUGGAAUAAUAAUAAGGCUUUUAAUACAAUAAAUAUAAAACAGUUAAAUGAAAAAAGACACAUAAAUGAUUUUCAAUAUUAUUUAAGCGAUAUAGAAGAUAAUAAUAGUUAUAAAUAUCUACAGUGUGAUAAAAGAAUAACAAAAAGGAGUAAAUCUAUUUGUUCCAUAUUAAAAACAAAUAAUGAUAACAAUAGUAGUACACAAAAUGAUACAGAAGAUUUAGAAGACAAUGAAAAAACAAUUGAUACUGAUAUAUUUGAUUCCGAAAACUAUUUUAAUAAUACUACUGAUCGAAAUAUUUAUUCUGAGGAUAUAGAUGAAGAUAUGAUAGACAAAGAAGAAAAGGAUAUAAAAAAUAAUUAUAAUAAAAGAAUAUAUUAUAAAUAUAAAAAUAAUUUAAAUUAUAUUAAAGAAUUUUAUUAUAUUGCAGAAACUAAGAAAAAAAAACCGUUCCCUUUACGCCUAUAUAAUAAUAUUAAAUUGAUUGAAGAUGUAAAACAAUGCUCUAAAUGUUAUUGUUUUUUUAACAAAAUGGCUUGUCAUUGUAUAGAAUGUAAAAAGAAAUAUAAUAUGAAAUUUCUAAACCCCCAUUAUUUUAUAUUCCAACAUGGUUUAACUGCAAGCGUAUGGGAUUUUCAAAAUAUAAUUAAUCCUUUACUAAAAAAAUAUCCACCUAUUUUUUUAUAUGUAACAUAUAGUAAUCAAGGACACACAUUUGAAGGUGUUGAUGUUGGAACUGAAAGAUUAUCUGCUGAAUUAAAAUUUUUAUUUAAAACUAUAAACAAUGAUAAUAUAAAUAUAUCUAUGGUAGGACAUUCAUUAGGAGGAGUAUUAAAUAGAUAUAAUUUAACUAAUUUAUAUAGAAAAAAAAUCUUUAAAAAUAAAAAAUUAAUUAAUUUUGUAACUUUUGCAUGCCCACAUAUAGGGGUUCAUGAAAAUAUUCCAUUCGUUAGAACUAUAUCAUCAUAUUUAGGGUCACAUACAGUUGAUGAUUUAAAUAAUAAAACUAGUGCUUUGUUAAAGAUAUCAAAUCUUGAAAGUAUAAAUAUUUUAAAAAAAUUUGAAAAUAUAAUAUUUUAUGGAAAUACACAUUCAGAUUGGCUAGUAGGUAUUAGGACAUCUUUAAUUUUGCCUUAUACACUAUUUAAUAAUGAACUUAUAUUAUAUAUAAUGAAUAAAGCCAAAAAUUUGUCAGAUGUUCCAAUAAAUAUUUUUUCAAUUGUUCAUUUAUAUAUGCGCGAAAAAAAAUUAUUAUUUUUUAAUUUUUAUCAAAAUGUAAAUAAUCCAAAUUAUUUAUUUAAUAAAAGAAAAAAUCAAAAUCAAUUUUUAUAUAAAAUGCUACAAACUAUUAUAUCAUCGACUAAAUUUUUAGCAUAUCCCGCCCAAAAAAAAUUGAGUAUUUAUAUGGAUGAUUAUGAAAACUAUGAAAACUAUGAAAAUGGUAAUAAAACGAUCAAAAAUAUGCCAGCUAGCUACUCAAAUUCAGCAUGCAAAAAAAGUAUACAUGAAGACAAAAUAACGUCGUCUACAAAAGAAAAUGAUAAUAAUAAUGACAAUAAUAAUGAUAAUAAUAAUGAUAAUAAUAAUGAUAAUAAUAAUGAUAAUAAUAACAAAGCUAAGUAUAGUAUAGACAAUAGUGUCGAAUUGAUCCAAUUUAAUUAUAAUAAAAAAAAGGAUAAAAAUGAAAAUUCUUCAAUUGAAAAGGAUAGGAGCUUAUCCUCUAUUAAAUCAAUUUCAUUAGAAAAUGUUUUUUCAUAUAAUAAUAAUGAGGAAAACGAUUUUAUUAAUAUGAUAAAAAAAAAAAAAAAUAUUAAUAAUUCUUAUACACGCAGUGAAAAUGAAGACUAUAUAAUAAAAGAUUUUUAUAAAAAGCCUAUAAAUAUGUCUAAUAAUUGUGAAAACAUGGAAAAUAGUGAAUUACCAAAUGAACAAACUAAAGAAGGUGAAUUAAAUUCAUAUAAAACCAUUUCCAAAACUACGAAUUGUAAUUAUAUAGGGGAAGCGGAAAAAAGGGAACUUUUGAAUAAUGAUUUGAAUACAGAUAUGGAUUAUAGAAAUUCAGAAAAUGAAAAUAUAAGUUACUCUAAUAAUAUUAAUGAUAAAAUUUAUAAUAAUAGAGAUAAUAAAAAAAAUGAAGAAUCAUACAGUAAUAAUGAACCUAAAAAUAGUGACACAAUCAGUGACAACAUUGAAGAUAAUAAUAACAAUUGUGAAGAGAAUGGAAAUAAUGAUAAUAAUAAUUCUGAAGAUGAUAACAAAAAGAAAGAAAAAGUGGAAAAUUAUAAAUAUUUUGAAAAAUUAUUUUUCCAAUGCUUAAAAGAAAAAAUAAUGUACGAUAUAAAAACUUUAGACAAUAAUUUGAAAAAAGAAAAUGAACAAAUUGGAAAAAAAAGUAAAACUGGUAAAAUGUUUCUUCAAAAUACUAUUAAUAUAAUAAAAAAUUAUAAUUUUUUAAAUUAUUCAAAAAAUAAUGACAACGCUAAUAGUAGUAAUAGUAAUAGUAAUAAUAACAUAUUAGAUAUCUGUGAUGAAAUUAAACCAUUAAAAAACAGUACCAAUUUUGAAGAUAAUAAUAUAUCUAUUAGUGAGAAUCAAAGUGAUAAAUUGAAUUUGGAUGAUAAAACAAUGUUUGAAGAAAAUAAUAAAAGCACAGAUCCAAUAUUCCAUAGUAAUAAUGAUCAUAUUGAAGAAUAUAAUUAUAUAAGUGAAUUUUUUCAUACAUCUUCUGAUGAUAAUUGUGAAGGAAACGAAAAUAAUCCUAACAUAGCAUUUAACAAAUAUAUAUCACCGAAUAUAGCUGAAAAUAAUAAAGCUCAUAAAACUGAAUUGGAUGAUGUGGAAAAUACUGAAUGGUCUCAUAGAAAUACUGAAUGGAAUAAUAAUAACGAUAGUAACGAUAAUGCAAAUAAGAUAAUAAAAAAGAAGACAAAAAAAAAUAAUUUACUUAAAGGUAUUACAAAAAAUGACAAAAAAAAAUAUAAGCAAAUAUUAUAUCAUAUUUAUUCAAUAUCAAAUGAUGGGUUAAUUGAAAAAUUUUAUAAAAAUCCUGAACUAAUUUAUUAUGAAGUUUUGUUUUAUUGUUUAAAUGAGUUACCAAUACAACGAUAUUGUAUUUCUAUGCCAUUAUAUUCAAACGCCCAUGUCCAAAUUAUUGCACAUCCAAGAAUAUGUUCAGAAGAAUCAACUAUCAUAAAACACUUUAUUGAGCAUUUGAUUGUUUAA